AUGUUUCCCAACCAGCCACCUCAGCCCCCAAGAAACGGCCAAGACCAAGCUCAGCAGCCCGGACAACCCGUCUUCCAAGUCAUAGUAACACCAACAGGGCAGCGACCAGCACCAGCAGCGACACAAGCCCAGCCGUGGUGGAUGCCCGCGCCGCCCAUGCCUGUUCAGAGUGACCACGGCGCACACCCUCAAGAGCCGCCUGAACAGCCGCCCCAACCACAACCGCUUCUCGUGGCACCAUUACCCGACCCUACACAAGAUCCUAAUAAUCCUGCCACCCUGCCAAGUGACUACUUCACUUAUCGCGACGCGGGAUGGAGUGAUGAGGCGUUGGCGGAGCUGCAGAGGAAGCAUAGGGAAGCAAGAAGAAAGAAGUAA